AUGGCACCGAUAGAUGGGACGUUCGACUAUGAUUUGGCUGUGAUCGGUGGUGGUUCGGGAGGCCUAGCAUGUGCUAAAGAGGCAGUGAAUCAGGGUGCUCGAGUGGCUGUGUUGGAUUAUGUGACGCCAUCACCACAAGGAACAAAAUGGGGGCUGGGUGGUACCUGUGUAAAUGUGGGAUGUAUCCCAAAGAAAUUAAUGCAUCAGGCGGCUAUACUUGGAGAGAGUAUACAUGAAGCAGUAGCAUACGGGUGGCAGGUGCCUUCAUUAGAUCAAAUAAAAAUAAACUGGUCCGCCUUAACUGAGUCUGUGCAAAAUCACAUCAAAUCGGUCAAUUGGGUAACCAGGGUGGAUCUAAGAGAUAAGAAAAUAGAUUACAUUAAUGGCUUGGGCGAAUUUAAAGACCCUCACACGAUAAUUGCGACGAUGAAGAACGGCAGUAAGAAGGAGUUGACCGCGAAAAACAUUUUAAUAGCUGUAGGAGGAAGGCCACAUUACCCCGAGAUCCCUGGGGCUUUAGAGUAUUGUAUAAGCAGUGAUGACAUUUUCAGUUUGGGCCAUCCACCUGGAAAGACGCUUGUAGUUGGUGCUGGAUAUAUCGGCCUCGAAUGCGCCGGUUUCCUUAACUCCCUAGGCUACCCGGCGACGGUAUUGAUUCGUUCAGUUCCUCUCCGCGGAUUCGAUCAGCAGAUGGCCAGCAUGGUCACAAGUGAGAUGGAGAUGAAAGGAGUGCAAUUACACCACAAGUGUAUUCCCCUUUCAGUUGAGAAACUAGAAUCUGGACAACUCAAAGCGAAAUGGUUGAACACUGAAACUCAGGAACAAUUUGAAGACACUUUCGACACCGUUUUAAUGGCGACAGGACGUUAUGCCCUCACCGAGCAGUUGAAUUUAGAUGCGGCUGGAGUGAAAACUCUCUCCUCAAACGGCAAGAUCGUAGCUGAGACAGAGCAAACGAACGUACCCCACAUAUAUGCCGUGGGUGACGUGCUAGAAGGACGACCAGAGUUAACCCCUGUGGCUAUUCACGCGGGAAGGCUGCUGGCUAGAAGGAUGUUCGCCGGAGCUACUCAAUAUAUGGACUAUGAGAAUGUGGCUACGACAGUCUUCACCCCACUUGAAUAUGGCUGUGUCGGACUUAGUGAGGAGACUGCAGCGCAAAGAUACGGUUCAGAGAAUUUGGAGGUAUAUCACGCGUAUUACAAGCCAACCGAGUUCUUUAUACCUCAGCGGAACAUCCGCAACUGCUACCUGAAAGCGGUGGCGCUUAGGGAGGCACCUCAGCGGAUCCUUGGGCUGCAUUUCGUCGGGCCCGUCGCUGGCGAGGUCAUUCAAGGCUUCGCGGCGGCUAUCAAAUGUGGAAUCACAAUGGAGCAACUCAUGAACACAGUAGGAAUUCACCCCACAGUCGCCGAAGAGUUCACUCGUCUCAACAUCACUAAGCGAUCAGGCAAGGACCCCAACCCUGCCUCGUGCUGCAGCUAG